AUGUGUUUGGGCUUCUAUUGGUUUCUUAGCACCAAGCUCAUGUUCAUGUAUGGAAAAUCUGGGCAUCUAUCAUCUGCUCAACGGUUGUUCAAAGAAAUGCCCCAAAGGACAAUCUUUACAUGGAACGCCCUUAUCGGAGUGUAUGCCUCCCAUGGCCUGCCUUUUAAGGCCAUUGAACUUUAUCAUGAAAUGUGGAUAUCGGGGUUAAUGCCCGAUGCAUGCACUUUUGCUUCUGUCCUUAAUGCCUGCAAUGGGCUUGAAGAUAUCCAUUGUGGAACAGAGAUUCAUGAUGUGGCGAUUAAGUGUGGUUUUGACUCCACCACUUUUGUGGCCAAUGCACUAUUUUUCAUGUAUGCAAAGUUCGAGCAGUUUGAUUCUGCAAUGUUGUUGUUUGAAAAGUUAAAUGGUGCUUUUUGUGCUCAAUGGAUGGGCAAUAAUUUAGGACAUGUCAUGCAUACAUAG